CUGCUGACCAAAAGAGCUGUUCAAACCCCCCCUUCCCCCACCCCCAAUCUCUCUCUCUCUCUCUCGUGGUCGCAGAGCAGCAUCGGAUCCGGAAAACGUUCCCGAAAUGGCGGGCCUCUUCGCCUUCUCCUUAGCCGGCCUUGGCUUCCUCUUCCUGGGCGCCAUCGAGUCGCUCUCCAUCUCUACCGCCCCGGCCCUCCUCCCCCCUCCCCUCCUCCUCCGCCUUCGCUUCAUUUCCGCGCUCCUCCUCUCCUCCCUCUCCCUCCUCUCUUCCCUCGUCUCCUCCCUUUCCUCAGCCGAGUCCGCCGCCGAUCCCCUUGGCCCCUCCCUCCCCCUCUCCUCCCUCACCGCCGCUGCUCCCUUCCUCCUCUACUCCCUCGCCGGCCUCCUUUCCCUCCCCUCCAGUUCUCUACUCGUCAAUCCCUUUCCUUCAUCCCUCCUCGAUCUCGUCCUCCUCUUCUCCUUCGGUCAGGAGUUCCUCCUCUUCCACUUCCGCCGAAAGGACCUUGACGGCGUCGAGAACCGCUACUUCGAUCUCCUCCUCGUGCCCAUCCUCGUCUGCGCCAUCUCCACCCUGCUCGCCAUCGCUCGCCCCCGGUCCCCCGCCCCCUGCGUCGCCCGUGCGGCCGGCCUCGCCUUCCAUGGCACCUGGCUCAUCCAGAUGGGGUUCUCCUUCUUCACCAAUCUCAUCGCCCACGGGUGCUCCGUCCACGAGAGGAGCGCCACCAACUACACCAUCAAGUGCAAGACCCACGAGGAUUACCACCGGGGCAGGGCGAUCGCUACACUCCAGUUCAAUUGCCACCUUGCCUUCCUCAUGCUGGUGGGGGCGGUAGCAUACGGGGUCUUAGCCGGGAGGACUGGCGGCAAUGCUGGUUACAGACCCUUGAGCAAGGAGUUGCAAAUGACAGAUGCUUCCCCUUCCAAUUUCACAUUGGAUUCAGAUGAAGAAGAAGAAAUUGAGGCAGCAGAGACGAAAGGAACCAAGCAGCAUCAAGAUGUUGUGUUGCCAGUGGUCGAAAUUGAGAGUGCCAAUGGGUCUCAUUGAUGAGUAAGUGAAAACAGUUACGUUUAGGAAGAGAAAAGUUGGAUCUUGCAGUAUACCAGUUGGUGGUCAGGGUGAACCCCUUAGUUGCAAAAGAAUUUACUGCUAUUCAUUUAAUUAUAUGAUAUCCAUUUAAAGGUUUGUCUUUUAUAUGAUCUAGUAUUUGUUGGUUCUGUGUAAACCCGACGGAAUAUAGUUCUUGUCUGUUAUUAUCUAUCAUCUUUGGUUGUAUUAGAACGAGAUGGAGAGAAUUGUAGUACUUGUCUUGCUAAUUUCUUUUGUAUCA